AUGAUUUCCUCAUACCCGGAUGGGGACAGCUCCCCGUAUGGGCACCCGGGUGUCUUAUCCGCCUCUCCGUCAUCAGAUAUUCAUAAACUUGGAAGCAAACGGGUGCGCGAAAAUGAUUUUAUGCAAGUUGAGUUCGCAACGAAAAAAAUUAGGUAUGCAAAUUAUGCGAGUAGAGGGAAUAUGACAGAUCAUAUGGAUAAUGAUUUCACAAUUAACCGGAGCACUGGUAACGCAGCGCAAGCAACAACAGCAACAGCCGCUGCUAUCCCUCGCGCGCCAAUAUCCUCCUCCUCGUGUCACUGCUACUCCACGAAUCACUUGUCCGAGCCUUUGCCAAUGGUCAACGACUUAUCUUCACCGCGAUUAGUUGAUCUAUCUACGGGCGAGACUCUCGAAGCAGUUAACACCGAUACAAUCAUGAGCACACGAAGAAAAGGUAAUAAGCGUACUAUUGAUCAAGUAAAUGAAAGUAGGAGAGGUGAACGUGUUAUAAAGACUUUGAUGAUUGGCGACAUGGGAGAGGAUAGAAAAACGAAAGGAAUGGAUCAGCUUCAACAUUCCCAGAACGAGUAUGAAAACGAUGAAUGGAUGUUAGACUCAACUCCCCCAGAUAAGAAGUUUAGAAUAAGUGCGAACAUUGAACCGAGAGAUUUCAUCAGUGAGGACACUGUAGAGGGAUGGUUGAAUGAGUCGCAACAAGUUGGAGAUGCGUGCAAUUAUAUUACUCAGGCUACUUCCUUUGUAUCUGGGACGACAAUGAUUUCUUCGGAUCCUUCAUCGCCUCAUCAUUCAUAUACGCAAGAACAUUUUCCACUAACGGUUCAAAAACCGAAAAAUUUGAAGCUUGCAUAUCACGAGGCGCUUACAAAAUACAUGUGUACGCAAUUAGAUUACAUCUCAUCCACUAUCAACAACAGCAGGAAACAGCUCGUAUUGUACUUACCACGAAAUAAUGUAUACUUGGGAAAUCUAGAAGAAGAGGGACAAAGGUUGGUAGAGAUAGAUGAGAAUGAUGAAAAUAAUGAGGGAGCGAGCGAGGCUUCGAAGAUUUGGGAAAUUACCGAGAAUUCAAAUUCACUCGACCCAAAGAGCGAUAUGGCUGACGAUAUCGAAAUGAAAGACAUUAUGAAUGAAGGUGGUGACGUUGUACAUAUUCAGGGUGGAGAAAUGGAUAUUGAUUGA